AUGCUUUAAUACAAGUCUUAAGCAAUUUCUUGUGACUAAAAAAGCGAUGCAAUGAAAAGAAUAUUUUCGAUUGGAAACGCCUCCCAUUCUGUGGGAUCAGUAUUCUUCACGUGGCAAAAGGGAACGGCAUCUUAUUUAGUAACCACCGGUUUGGACAGUUAUGUCAAUAUAUAUGAUAGACAUGGUGAGCGUGUGGACCAAAUAAACUUACCAGGUUAUUGCAAUGGCGUCGCCUGGGAUUCAGAUGGAGACUUAUUGGGUAUUAUAACCGAUCGGUCGCCGUGUGUUAUAUUAUGGGACGCAAACACACAUCGCGUCCAAAUGAUCGACACUGGGGUUAGGGAUGUGUUAUCUCUAAUUAUUUGGGCAAAAUUGUCAUCACCUCUGUUGGCUGUCGGCACAUCCAAAGGCAAUCUAUUGAUAUAUAAUCACAGAACUGCCCGCAAAAUACCAAUUUUGGGAAAGCAUACCAAAAAAAUAAUAAGUGGCGCCUGGAGUGAUAAUAACCUCCUGGCACUGGUAGGUGAAGAUAGAGUAUUAACGGUAAGCAAUGAAGAAGGAGAUAAUAUAGCCAUCAGUUCACUGAAAGGCGACGGACUGACCGUUCAGUUUGCGUUUAUGCGAUUAGACGACAAAACACAGAAUACACAGCAAAACUGCGUUAGUCUUAUACUAAAUAAAAGACAACUAUUUUUGCUUAAUUUGUCGGACUCUGAAAAUCCAAUUCAAUUGUCAUUUCAAGAGAGAUAUGGACUGAUAGUUGACUAUCAAUGGUAUGGCGAGGGACUCAUUCUUAUUGGGUUUACAUCCGGAAUAUUUGUUGUCGUUUCUGCAAACUAUAAAGAGUUGGGACAAGAGUUGAACCAAUUUAGGGCCCAUAAGGAGUCGUUGACCACAUUUAACGUCUGUCUCAACACAAAGAGAUUAGUCUCUUGUUCUGAGAAUAAUGUUAAAGUAUGCGAUUUGAAUGAUCUCAAUGAUGUUCAGUCAGUAAUGACUAUCGAUGACGAGCCAGCUAUUGAAUGGAUGGAGUGGUCAGAUGACGGACAACUACUUGCAAUGGUAUCGCCUUCGGGAACAAUUCACGUAUAUCUUUCAAAGUUGACAAUAUUAGGCGAUUCAUUUGGUACUCGAUUAGCAUUCUUGUCGUCACUUCUAGAAGUAACUGUCUUUAGUGUUCAGGAAGAUCUGUCCGAUUCAGUCAUUAUUACACGAGUAGAUGUCGAGCCAUCAUUGGUAGCGGUCGGACCAUAUCAUGUGGCCGUCGCUAUGAAUAAUAGGGUUUGGUUUUAUAAUUUGACAGUAAAUGAAUCGACUGAAUUGCUUCGGGAGAGAGAGUACGUCGGUAUUGUUAAAUGUCUUAAAAUAAAUGGUGACUAUGCGGCCGCUCUGUUCACUAAUGGUACCAUUCAUUUACAUUUAAUUGAGAAUGAGCUCAACCCUAAUGAUUAUGACAGUCGUGAUCUCAAAGCAUUUCCUGACAGCGCCGGCAGUUCUAUAGGAAACGGAAAAAUAACAACACUUUGCUUGACUAACGACUUCCUAAUCUAUGCGACCGAUUCGGGAUCUAUUGAGAUGUUUAUGUUAGAAGAUUGGGUUAUGGUUUGUGUUUAUCGGCACACAAUUGGCAUCAAAAUGAUCUCAUCUAAUGUUAGUGGCAUUCGUAUCGCUGUUGUUGACGAUAGAAAUGAUGCCUUCAUUUAUAAUGCCGUCACUGAUGUAAUGAUACAGUUAUCCCAAAAUGACUUUCCAACUAAUCCUAAGUUUAUAUUAUGGGAAAGUUGGCCCUUAGAUAAAGGAGUGUUUAUAGCGUGUGAUAUAAAAUUUGCAUACGUUUUCAUAUAUAUCAGGGAUACUAUUGAAGGACCGGCUGUUGAAUAUGCAGGAAAAAUGAAGAUCCCUUCCGGUCAGUUCCCUCUAUUGCUGUAUAAUGGAGUGGUUGUCUGUCAAACACAAAGUGGAAAAACAUCUAACUUUGUUUUGUCAACUCAUGAUUUCGGUGAUAAAAUGACUGAAAAAAGUCGACUCAAAUGUGAAUUACUGGUAAAUAUAUUAAAGUUGCGCCGAUAUCAGGACGCAUGGAAAAUAUGCGAAUAUCUUAAUGAUGUCGAGGCCUGGGAUAUGUUGGGAAAGUUAGCUAUUAAUGAUAUGGACUUGGAUUUAGCCAUUAAAAUAUAUCGACAUAUUCAGGAUUCAGGUUUUGUUAAUACAUUAGAGAAAUUAAAAGCAAUAGAAGAAAGAAAUUUAUUGGCCGCACAUUUGGCCAACUGUUGCGAUCGACACGAUUUGGCGCAGACUUUGUUUUUGAUUUCUUCACAACCUCUGGAAGCGCUCGAAAUGAGGAAAAGUCUGUUGCAAUGGAGCGAAGCUUUGACUUUAGCCAAACGUUUGGCUCCGAAACAGAUGACAAUUAUUUCACGUGAAUAUGCCGUACAAUUAGAGUUUACCGGCGACUAUAACAGUGCUCUUGACAACUAUGAAAAAGGAUUGAUCAAUAGUGACACUAACAAAGAUACCAUCGAUAACAUUGACAAUAAAACUCAUAACGAGUUAUGUAUGGCAGGAAUCGCUCGCAAUAGUAUACGAUUGGGUAACACUCGUCGUGGUAUUGAUUUCUUAAACAAAUUAACUCCAAAUCCUACACUUCUUGAAGAAUGUGCCACAAUAUUGGAUUCAAUGAAACUAUAUUCAGACGCAGCAUUGCUUUUUGAAAAGAGUGGUAAUCCAGAAAAGGCUGCCAAUCUUUAUAUGAAAGUAAAAAACUUUAAUAAAGUGUCAGAUCUGUUGGAAAAAGUGGACAAUAAGGAGAUUCAAAGCCAAUAUGCAAAAGCAAAGGAAAUGGAGGGCAAAUUCAGAGAAGCCGUUAAGGCUUACAUCAAAGCCGAGGAAUGGCUUAGUGUUGUUAGGAUUUAUUUAGAUCAUCUCAAUAAUCCCGGUGAAGCCGUCAAAAUAGUGAGAGAAACCAAAUCAAUAGACGGCGCAAAAAUGAUCGCUAAGUUUUUUCAACGAAUCAAUGAUAUGAGUUCCGCCAUCGAGUUCCUUAUAAUGUCGAAAUGUCAUGAAGAGGCCUACCAAUUGGCACAGUCUACUCAACAAAUGGACAUUUAUGCCAAUAUAUUACUUAAUUAUACCGAUGAUCCUGAAUUGACACAAGACUUCUUAAGUAUAGCUAUUCAUUAUGAACAGGAAAGGGAUGCACUGAGAGCCGGAAAAUUUUAUUGCAUUGCCGGUCAGUAUAAAAAAGGUGUCAAAUUUUUACUACAAGCGGCCGCUCAAUCAAAUGAUGGCCAGAACCAAGCCGUGCACUUAGUUAUUGAGGCGGCGGCCAAAUCACGAGAUGAACAGAUCAUUCGUAUAAUAAUUGAUUACUUGAUUGGCGAGACUGACGGCGUUCCCAAAGAUUUUAAAUACCUUUUCCGACUUUAUAUGUCACUCGAGUACUAUAAAGAGGCGGCAAAAACGGCAUUAAUUAUAGCCGGAGAGGAACAGAAUGCCGGCAAUUACCGCAACGCUCAUGACUUACUGUUUGGUAUGUUUCAGGAACUCAAAAGACAUCAAAUAGCCGUUCCCUCGGAGAUGACCAACAGUUUAAUGCUUAUACACUCUUAUAUACUAAUAAAGAUAUGGAUCCGAGUGGGAGAUCACAUGAGAAGUGCCAAAUUGUUGACGAGAGUGGCCAACAAUUUAAGUCGAUUCCCUCAACAUAUGGUUCCUAUACUGACAUCAGCGGUAAUUGAAUGUCAGAGAUCGGGUCUGAAACGAGAAUCGUUAGAAUUUGCGACAACUUUAAUGAAAAGUGAAUAUCGCGACCAAAUAGACGUCAAAUUCAAGAAGAAAAUUGAAACACUUGUUCGUAAGUCUGCAGCUCUUCUUAAAACUCAAGACUCUGAAGACAGUCAUAUCCAACACAGUCUCUGUCCUUAUUGUGAUAAUGAAGUCAUUGAUAUGGAACUGACGUGUCAUAAAUGCAGAAAUACUAUACCAUUUUGUAUAGCAACAGGACUUAACAUUGUAAGGGACGAGCUAACUGUAUGUCCUAACUGUCAUUUUCCAGCCAUUUUAAGUCAAUUUAUAAGAUUACUGUCCACUGAACCAAUAUGUCCGAUGUGUAACACAAGUAUUGAUUUAUCACAAGUGGUUCCCUUACAUGACAUUCAAUUGCUAUUGGAUUCACAUCAACUCAAAUGA